AUGGCAAAACGAAAGCGCACCGUCUUAUUAGAGUCCAAACCGGCAACUACGCCAGCACCCACCAAGAAAAUUAAACCAUCAACCCCAACACCACCGCAAUCCCCAACCACAAUCCAAAUCAUCGCGGGGUCCUACGACCGAGUCCUCCACGGCCUAACAGCAACCAUCUCACCCACCAACACCGUCGAGUUCGCCGACACCUUCCUCUUCAACGCGCACACAACCGCCAUCCGGUGUCUCGCCCUCUCCCCGCCCUCCCUCCCCGUCCCCAAGCAACCCCAGAAAGUAAUCCUCGCAAGCGGCAGCACCGACGAGAGGAUAAACCUCUACCACAUCUCCGCCCACGCGCCCUCGUACGUAACCGUGCCCGCCAUCGCCGGCCUCUCCUCAGCGGUGGUCGAAAAUCCGCAGAAUAAAGAGCUGGGCUCGUUACUUCAUCAUUCUAGCUCUGUUACUGCGUUGUACUUUCCUAAUAGAAGUAAAUUGCUGAGUUCGGCGGAGGAUAACACGAUUGCGGUGACGCGAACACGGGAUUGGAGUUUGCUAUCUGCGAUCAAGGUGCCUGUUCCUAAAGCUGUAGGGAGACCAAGUGGUGAUACCGCCCCUCUGGGUGGUGCACCUGCGGGCGUCAAUGAUUUUGCUGUGCAUCCGAGCAUGAAACUCAUGAUAUCUGUCGGAAAAGGCGAGCGCUCGAUGCGCCUCUGGAAUCUGGUGACGGGAAAGAAAGCCGGUGUCCUAAAUUUCGAACGUGAUAUUCUGAAUGAAGUCGGCGAGAGCAAGUUCACCAGCGGGGAAGGACGAAAGGUCGCAUGGGGAGCUACGGACGCUGGAGAGGAAUUCUGCGUGGGUUUUGAUAAGGGUGCGGUAGUGUACGGCAUGGACAGUAAACCGAAAUGCAAAGUCGUGCCGAAGCCACGGAAUACGAAACAGAAAUGGGUAAAGGUGCAUCAGAUGUGUUAUUUACAGGUUGAUGAGGAGAAGGAUAUUCAGAUCCUAGCGGUAUCGACUGAAGAUGGGCGAAUUUUAUUCUACUCCACACGACCAGAUGAUCUCGAAGCCGCGGCUUCAGAGAAAUCUCUACCCGCAGCAAAACUGAUCGCCAUCCUAGACGCCGACAUCUCACCCCCCGAUCCAAAAUCCACCACAGACAGCGCAUCCACACGCAUAAAAGACUUCACCAUCCUCCCGCUCCCGAACAAAACAUUCAUCAUCCCCACCGCCCGCAGCGACGGCACGAUCCAGAUCUUCUCCGUAUCACCUGAAGAUCUAUUACCUUCCAGCGUAUCUGAACCUAAAACCGUCGGCAAAUCCCUAGGUUCCAUCAAAACAGGCAAUAGAAUCACUUGUUUGAAGGCUUUUGUCAUGUUACCUAAAUACCAGGGUGAAGAGGGGGAGGAUGGGGAUGAGUUUGAGGGGUUUGGUGAUGAUGUGGUGGAUGAGGAGGUAGGGAGUAGCGGUAGUGAUAGUGAGAGUAGUGAUGAGGAAUGA